UCCCAGGAUUCAUCGGCUAUUCAUUGUGCUUAAUGUACAUGUUUCUGCACCGUGCAUUUAGGAGAUCCCAGAGAAGAAUCCAAAACGGCUGCGGGGGAAAGACCACCAAACAUGCCUACAGAAACACUACCGACAGGUAGCAUGGUGAAGCCGGUAAGCCCUGCUGUGACUUUCACGUCCGCCGUUCCUCUCCGCAUCCUGAACAAAGGACCCGACUAUUUUCGCAGGCAGGCGGAGCCUAAUCCAAAAAGACUGAGCGCGGUGGAGAGGCUAGAGGCCGACAAGGCGAAAUACGUCAAGAGCCAGGAGGUCAUCAACGCCAAGCAGGAGCCUGUGAAGCCGGCGGUGCUGGCGAAGCCUCCGGUCUGUCCUGCGGCCAAGCGAGCGCUGGGGAGCCCCACCUUGAAAGUCUUCAGCAACAACGUGAAGACUGAGAGCGGCGUCCAGAGAGAAAACCUGAAACUCGAGAUUUUGAAGAACAUCAUCAACAGCUCCGAAGGCUCCAGCUCAGGUUCAGGGCAUAAGCAUGGUCCCCGAAACUGGCCGCCCCACAGAGCCGAUUCGACAGAGCUGAACCGACACUCGUUCGCCGAAUCUCUGAAGGUUUACCCCACGCAGGGCCGUAGCAGCCCGCAGGAGAGCAGCUCCAACGUCAGCAGAAGGCUCCUAGAUCAGUCGGCAGAGACUUUCUUGCAUGUCUCUCACAGCUCCUCAGACAUUAGGAAAGUAACUAGCGCAAAGCCCUUAAAAGCAAUACCCUGCAGUAGUUCAGCCCCACCUCUGCCUCCAAAGCCCAAAAUCGCUGCCAUCGCCACCCUGAAAUCCCCAGAGAUUGAGGCAGUCGAAUCUGGAUGCGGAGUUAGUAGAAGACCCUCCCUACAGCGAUCAAAAUCAGACUUAAGCGACAGAUACUUUCGUGUCGACGCAGAUGUUGAACGAUUCUUUAACUACUGCGGACUGGAUCCUGAAGAGCUUGAAAACCUUGGGAUGGAAAAUUUUGCAAGGGCUAACUCUGAUAUUAUAUCCCUCAACUUUCGCAGUGCAAGCAUGAUUAGCUCAGACUGUGAACAGUCUCAGGACAGCAACAGUGACCUUAGAAACGAUGACAGUGCCAAUGACCGUGUGCCAUACGGCAUUUCUGCCAUUGAAAGGAAUGCCAGAAUCAUCAAGUGGUUGUAUAGCAUCAAGCAAGCUAGAGAGUCACAGAAAGUGUCCCAUGUGUGAGAGAAAAAUCCACCGUAGAAAAAGCAAGGACUGUAUCUUUGUCUGUGAAUAUUCAGUUGUGAAGGGUUGUGAAGUCUACCUGAAGUCUUGUACACUUCUCAAAUCUCUUUGUGUUGCUUGUUGUGCAAUGUUUCCAAGUUGCAUGCCUGUCAACAUGUGAGCUGACCUGGCUUCCACUUGAACAAUAACUUAACUACAGAGCCUGGCUGAGCAUACACAUUAUCUGCCAAAAGUUUAAGACGAGAAUCUAAUUAGGGCUUCAGUAUAAUCAAAGUGUUUACAUGGAAAGUUUCUAUGACUUCUUUGGUAUUUAUGUGGUUCCUUGUGGAUUUUAUAUAUGUCACUUUUUGUCUUAAUACAGAUAUUGUCAACUGACGUUACUAGUUUCUAAGUUGAAACAGAAUCCCUUUGGCGGGAAGAAAAGCAAAAUUGGCCAAAAUAAGAGGUUUGGGCAUGUGACGAUAGGCAAAGCAGCCUUAUCUCUUGUAGAAAGUGCAUUAUUGGCACAUGUGAAACUGUUUCUCAAAGGCAAAGAAUGCUACGUUCUUAAAUUACGUAUCGUUGUUAAACUAUAUAUCCCUACUUGUAGUAAGGGACUGUUCAGCAAAGGUUUCUUUUUUCUAGGUAAGCUCCCUCAGUUUUACAGCAGAAGUAGACUAGUGAAUCUGCUUGGCCUCUCAUUAAACUAAAUGAGGCUUGCAUUUGGGUUGGUGUAAGCAUUUUAAUGAUUUUGUAUUAUCCCUGUUGGAAAAGCUUAAAGAAGAUUGGAGUCAACAGAUGAAUACAGCGUAGGUGCGGGAUUUUGUGGGUUUGAUUUUUACUCAAAGAUUCCUGGUCUUAAACUUUUGACAGGAAUGAUUAGGUCCUAUAGCUGAUAUUGAAUGCCUUUAUUAGUCAAACACAUCAUGACUACAAACUCCAUGCUGUCUUUUAAUUUUUUUUGUAGACCUAUUUCAACAGUUAAUGAACAAAAAUGGAAACACACAGCCAUAUCACUAUAACACCUUCUAUUCUGAAGUAAAUACACUCAGUAGCUGAACUAUAUCUGAAAAACUGUGAUUAUGUUGUCUUGCAUAUGUUAUAUCUAAGGCUGUGAAAGUUUGUUACAGCUCUAGGAAAGUGUAGAAACA